UUUGCUUUUGUUAAUUUUGGCUGCUACUCUCUGGCAUCCCCUUUAAAUCCACUUGAAGUCUGAAGAUGGGACGAGAGGUGUCCCCUCUGGUCUCCUUCAGCCUCUGCCUCUCCACCUAACACCCCUCCCAGGCACAGAGGUGGGGCCCUGACAGCUUUGGCUGAAGGUUGCCCUGGAAAGGGGUGUGAUGCUUUAGACAGGUGGCUGUGAGCUGGGACGCCUGGGGCCUGCCCCAAGUGAGUCACUGCUGUUGUUGUCACCGUCCUGUUGAAGUCCCUGCUCAGCUCCCCAGACCUCUGUGGAAACAGCAGCAGCUCCCAUCUUUCAGAAAUUUCAGGAGAAGCCACCAGCCUGAUGGUGAGGAGAAUGGGCUGGGGGGGGAGCCGGGGUCGGCUGGGGCAGUGGGGAGACCUGGGGCCGGCAUCAGUGCCCCUCCUCCCCAUGCCACUGCCUCCUCUUCCUGCUCCUCCAUGUCGGGGGUCUGGGGGAGGGAGGGUCUCCAUCUUCUCUCUGUCCGCUGCGCCUCACACAAGAAGUGCGCCUUCCUCAGUUCCUCCUCCAGCCCCAGGGCGCCCCUGCUCAGCUGUGCAGGCCCCAGGGGCUUCUCAGCCUCGCCACAGUGCCCUCCCCAGCCUAGCCACCCCCGCAACACAUGUAGGGCGCGUGAUGACACCCAUCUCUGCUCCCCCCUCCUGGGGUUCCCAUUCCACCCCACCCUUGGCCUCGGUGACUCCCCCUGCUUCGUGCCGAUGCCCCCAGGGCAGUCCUGGGCUGCGGAUAGGCCCUCUAAUUCCCGAGCAGGAUUAUGAACGGCUGGAGGACUGUGACCCUGAGGGCUCCCAAGAUUCACCCCUCCAGGGGGAGGAACAGCAGCCCCUGCUUCAUGUGCCUGAAGGGCUCAGAGGCUCUUGGCACCACAUCCAGAACCUGGACAGCUUCUUCACCAAGAUCUACGGCUAUCACCAGAGGAAUGGCUUUGCCUGUAUCCUGCUGGAGGAUGUCUUCCAACUGGGACAAUUUGUUUUCAUCGUCACCUUAACGACCUUCCUCCUUCGCUGCGUGGAUUACAAUGUUCUCUUUGCCAACCAACCAAAUAACCGGACAAGACCUGGGCUGCCUCACAGCAAAGUGACCUUGUCGGAUGCCAUCCUACCUUCAUCCCACUGCGCCCAGCAGAUCCGCUCCAGCCCCCUGCUGGUCUUCCUUCUCAUCCUGGCUGCGGCCUUCUGGCUGGUCCAGCUGCUUCGCUCAGUCUGCAACCUCUUCAGCUACUGGGACAUCCAGGUGUUUUACAGGGAGGCCCUGCACAUCCCCCCGGAGGAGCUCAGCUCCGUGCCCUGGGCCGAGGUGCAGUCGCGCCUCCUGGCGUUGCAGAGGAGCGGGGGCCUGUGCGUGCAGCCGCGGCCGCUGACGGAGCUGGACGUCCACCACCGUAUCCUGCGCUACACCAACUACCAGGUGGCGCUGGCCAACAAGGGCCUGCUGCCGGCCCGUUGCGCGCUGCCCUGGGGAGGCUGUGCGGCCUUCCUCAGCCGCGGCCUGGCCCUCAACGUCGACCUGCUCCUGUUCCGCGGGCCCUUCUCGCUCUUCCGCGGGGGCUGGGAACUGCCCGACGCCUACAAGCGCAGCGACCAGAGGGGCGCCCUGGCUGCGCGCUGGCGGCUCACCGUGCUGGUGCUGGCCGCCGUGAACCUGGCGCUGAGCCCGCUGGUGCUGGCUUGGCAGGUGCUGCAUGCCUUCUACAGCCACGCGGAGCUGCUGCGGCGAGAGCCUGGCGCGCUGGGGGCGCGCCGCUGGUCCCGCCUGGCCCGCCUGCAGCUGCGCCAUUUCAACGAGUUGCCACACGAGCUGCGCUCUCGCCUGGCCCGCGCCUACCGCCCCGCGGCCGCCUUCCUGCGAGCCGCCGCGCCCCCCGCGCCCCUGCUGGCGCUGCUGGCCCGCCAGCUGGUUUUCUUCGCCGGCGCGCUCUUCGCAGCGCUGCUCGUUCUCACCGUCUACGACGAGGAUGUGCUCGCCGUGGAGCACGUGCUGACCGCCAUGACCGCGCUCGGGGUGACGGUCACUGUGGCCAGGUCUUUCCUUCCGGACGAGCAGUGCCAGGGUCGCUCCCCGCAGCUCCUCCUGCAGUCGGCUUUGGCUCACAUGCAUUACCUCCCGGAGGAGCCCGGCGCGGCCGGCAGGGCCAGCGCUUACCGGCAGAUGGCGCGGCUGUUGCAAUACCGAGCGGUGUCCCUCCUGGAGGAGCUUCUCUCCCCUCUCCUCACCCCGCUGUUUCUGCUCUUCUGGUUUCGCCCUCGUGCCCUGGAGAUUAUUGACUUUUUUCAUCAUUUCACUGUGGAUGUGGCUGGGGUUGGUGACAUCUGUUCCUUUGCCCUGAUGGAUGUGAAGCGCCACGGCCAUCCUCAGUGGCUCUCAGCAGGCCAGACAGAGGCCUCCCAAUCUCAGCGUGCAGAGGAUGGAAAGACUGAGCUCUCCCUGAUGAGGUUCUCCCUGGUACACCCACAAUGGCGCCCCCCAGGGCACAGCUCCAAGUUCCUGGGGCACCUUCGGGGCCGAGUACAACAAGAUGCAGCCACCUGGGGCGCUACCUCCGUUCGCAGCCCCUCCACCCCUGGGGUGCUCAGCGACUCUUCCUCCCCUCUGCCGGAGACCGUCCUGGCCAACCUCUUGGUGCACCCCCUGCUGCCCCCACGGGACCUGAGCCCCACAGCCCCCUGCCCAGCUGCAGCCACUGCCAGCCUCCUGGCCUCCAUUUCGCGAAUUGCCCAGGACCCCAGCUGUGUGUCCCCAGGAGGAACCAGGGGCCAGAAGCUGGCGCAGCUCCCAGAGCUUGCUUCUGCUGAGAUGAGUCUCCAUGCCAUCUACCUGCACCAGGUUCCAGCCCUGCCUCCAGCCCCAGACAGCAGUGGAGAACCCAGAGGACCCAGACUCUCCCCCCUGGAGCGUUUCAGGAGACCACGGACACCCAGAAGGAGCCUGGCCAGGCCCCUAGCACUGACUGAAAGGGCUCCUCAGGGUUCCCUGGCUUCUCCAGCCACAGGAGAUCGGACGAGGUGGAGUAGAAGAACACACCGAGCUCUCUUUAGGGAUCCCCCCCCCCACAGAUGCUUUAGUUGGGCAGAACUUGGGGGUCACUGAUGAACUCGCCCCAGAGAGCACAGAAAGGGUAGGAGAGGAGAUGCCAAAGGCAUCUGGAAACAAGUCUUAGAGACAAUCUCCCCAUGGAGGGGAGAAGGGUACAUACCCCGAAUUAGCUGUCCUGGGGUGGUUGCCUGGGGAGAAGUCCUCAAGUAUCCCCAAGGUGGGGGCAAGGCCAAGGCAGAGGCCAAGCCAGGUGAAAGGGAAACAGUGAGGGAUGGGACCAAGAGACACGUGUGGCUCUUCAGGUUCCCAUGGGAUUUGUGGAGGGGGGCCAUGGGGACUUGGGAGUGGAAAGCCUAGCCAGGGCUGAUGUUCUCAGAGUUCCACAGCGGUGUGAUGUCUGAGGAAGUGGGUGUGGCUCCUUAUCCUGUCUAAAACAAGCAGUAAAGAUUGCUCAUGGCUGCGUCACACAUCUUUGAGACCUUGGUCUCUGGCACCCCCAUUCCUGGCAGCGGAGGGCAGUCAAGAGCAAGGGAGCAGCGCCGGAGAACUGCCUGUGACUGUCUGGGUCCGAGUGGAGCAGUAGAGGAGGACUCCCUGGCAAAGAAUUGCCGCCCCCACAUCUGCACAAGUUAAAGGACAGAGCUUAUCAUUCUAUCAUUUUAAUCCGCCCGGCUGGGUUAGGCAUCUCAGCAGCUCCCAUAACAUCUGGUUCAGUCUCUUAUGGUGAAUCUUCAAUAAUAAAUAUUUCAAUGAUUUGGA